AUGUCUAGAAGUUUGAGGCCAGGGCAAGUGAGGAUGCCGUCCCGCCCUCCCUCUGUCUCUGAGGACACGGUGGAGGCUAGUGCCACUGCCAUGGCUGAUGAGAUGGAGAGGGUCCGCGACCUCCCUGGUGAUGACGACAACGACGACAUGGGCGACGAAGAGGUAGAAGAGCUCUUCGGCCGUGGAGCUGUACCUGGUGGAGCUGGCGUAGAGGACCCCAUUGACCUUGAUGGUGACGAAGGUGGUGGUGGAGAAGAAGACGGGCAAGUGAGGAUGCCGUCCCGGCCUCCCUCUGUCUCUGAGGACACGGUGGAGGCUAGUGCCACUGCCAUGGCUGAUGAGAUGGAGAGGGUCCGCGACCUCCCUGGUGAUGACGACAACGACGACAUGGGCGACGAAGAGGUAGAAGAGCUCUUCGGCCGUGGAGCUGUACCUGGUGGAGCUGGCGUAGAGGACCCCAUUGACCUUGAUGGUGACGAAGGUGGUGGUGGAGAAGAAGACGGUGAGAACGCCGACGACGACCAGGACCAGGUAUCACGCCCCUCUACCUCUGAUGUGUGGCAAGAUUUUUAG